AUGCGUCACCAGCGCAAUUUGGAAGAAGACGAUUUGAAUCAGCGCUUUAGUCGGUUCAACUUGUCGUUAGCGGCCCCGGUAUUCGUGCCGGCUGCCCAGCCGCCGGUCUCAACUCCCAAACGGUCCAUGGCUUUUGUGACGAAGCGACGUGAUAAGUCAUCGAUUUUAAUGUCUACUGCCUCUUCUCGGGACCAAAGACGAAAAGCUACAGCUGCCAUCUCUUCAAAAAUGCACAAGAAUAAUGAAACGUUGGGCGCGAAGAGCCGACAGCAGCAGGCAAUGACGACAGGAAUCCGAUCUGUACCUCGAGGUAAUGCUUCCACCAAGCCUCGACGACAACGUGUAGGUACUAAAGGGCUUAACAAGAAUGAUCAGUCUGUGAAGAGCGCGGUCGUAUCGAUGCAUGAGCGUCAUCGUCGUAAACUUUCGCUCACGUCAACUGAGCUGCAAGCACAAGAUAUGGAACGAAAGGCAGCAGCAAUUGCUUCGACUCAGCAAAACAUGGAAGACGUUUAUCCCGAGAAAGAAUCAAGUGCUUUUCCUCAGCAACUCACACUUUUCAGUCAGCAAAAGCGUAUGCCGCAGCGCGUAGCAAGUCGUGACGAUGUCAUCAAUACGAUCUUUGCAGCGCUAUUUACACGUAACACAGAGCGGCGUAAACGUCCACAGCAGGCUCUUAGCGCCUUUGGAGACGAUACUGGAACCGACACGGACGAACCAAAUGAAGACUUUGUCAAGCGAGGGCUUGCCAUGGCAUUAUUUAAAGAUCAACUUGAUCUACAAAUGCCGACGUCACUACAAACUGCAUCGACACCAUCAGUGGCUGCUGAUCAUCUUAUUACUCCAGUGUUUAUACAUGCUUUAGUAACUGCGCUGCGCUUUGAAGACUUUCGUACUGCCAGCGCGCGACUAGACAUUUUACGUGCUAUUCACAAAAGUUUUUCCACCAAGAGAUUGCAACUCGCGCGAGCCCUUGCUGAUUCCACAGCCUUACGUUUAGAAUACGUGAAUGCCAUUGCGUUUCAUGCGCAGAAACUUGGCGUCGAGAAAUCGUCAACGCAAGUGAUAAAAGAAAAUAUACACGAUCAUGGACACGGCUUUACAGAGCUAUUGCGUUUCUUGAUCGAGCAUGUCGAAGAGAGCUUGGUGAACACAACAUCUUCAGAAGGUAUAGACGAAAUCGAAGUAAGGCUGCAAAAAGAAUUUGUGCGCAAUUGUCUUGCCACUCUUGUGACGCUGUGGCGUGCGCAUUGGAUCGACCCGGCCGGUUCUGAUGACGAAGAGCUCAUUAGCUGUGCUGGUCAGUUCGUAGCGUACAAACCGUCAGCAACUGGCCCACUUUUGAAUCGGUUGUUAAGCGCAUGGCCAACCCGUUUUCCCAAGCAAGAAGUGGGUGCGAUUCGCAUGGUGGCUCGCGUGAUUAUGUCUGGACCCCCACUUCAUCAAGUGGACCCAUCGCAAGCACUGCAGCGCCGUGUUUUCACACGAUUGGCUCGCACUUUGCAGAGUCCAAAUGUCGAUGUAGCAAAAGAAGCAUUGGCAUUUACCGGGUGCCAGUUUGUGCUGAUACACUUUGUUGGACGAGAUGAAGUAAUUUUUAAAGUCGUCACAACGGCAUUGCAUGCAAAUAUUGAGAAUCAUUGGCAUGAUGGCGUACAGAGCACGUCUGAGUCAAACUUUGACAGUGCACUAGACUUUGCUCAAUUGAGUAGAGAAUCAAAAUAG